AUGGCUGGAGGAGGUUUUGUUGGCGGAGACGGAGGGAGGAGCUAUGAAGGCGGUGUCACUGUCUUUGUGGUAUUCACCUGUCUUGCAGCUGCCAUGGGAGGUCUCCUCUUCGGAUACGAUCUUGGAAUCUCGGGAGGAGUGACCUCAAUGGAGUCGUUCUUGAGCAAGUUCUUCCCAUCUGUGUACCAUAAAAUGAAGAAUGAGUCUGCUGGUCAAAACCAGUACUGCAAAUUUGAUAGCCAACUCCUCACGUUGUUCACGUCUUGCCUCUACAUUGCAGCAUUGGUGGCCUCCUUCUUUGCUUCAUCAGUAACUAGGAAAUUUGGCCGAAAAAUUUCCAUGUUUGUGGCUGGCCUUGUUUUUCUUAUGGGCUCUGUCCUAAAUGGUGUUGCCAAUAACAUUGUACUCUUAAUUAUUGGUCGCCUGCUGCUUGGUAUUGGUGUUGGAUUUGCUAAUCAGUCUGUUCCUGUUUAUCUAGCUGAAAUGGCUCCAACAAAGAUUAGAGGAGCGCUCAACAUGGGGUUCCAAAUGGCAAUCACCAUUGGCAUUCUAGUGGCAGGUCUUGUUAACUUCGGCACUGCGAAGAUCAAGGGUGGAUAUGGCUGGAGAAUCUCUUUGGCUCUUGCAGCCGUCCCUUCUUUGAUGAUGACCCUUGCCGCAGUGUUUCUGCCUGACACUCCAAAUUCCAUCCUAGAAAGAGGUCACCCUGAGAAGGCCAAGAAAAUGUUACAAAAGAUUCGUGGCACCAACAACGUCGAUGAGGAAUUCCAAGACCUUCUUAAUGCUACUGAGGUUGCAAACAGAGUGGAGAACCAAUGGAUGAACAUCACACAACCAAGAUAUAGGCCUCAACUUAUCAUUUGCUUUCUCAUUCCAUUCUUUCAGCAGCUCACGGGCAUCAAUGUGAUCAUGUUUUACGCACCUGUUCUUUUCAUGACGUUGGGUUUUGGAAAUGAAGCUUCCCUCAUGUCCUCUGUCAUCACUGGCGGUGUUAACGUGGUUGCUACCUUAGUGUCCAUUUUCACAGUCGAUAAGUUUGGAAGAAGAAUCUUAUUCCUUCAAGGUGGUGUGCAAAUGAUCAUCUGUCAGAUUGCUGUCGGAGUGAUGAUAGGCAAGGAGUUUGGUGUGAGUGGAGAAGGAUCAUUUUCAAAAGGUGAAGCCAACUGGAUCUUGUUCUUUGUAUGUGCAUAUGUAGCAGCCUUUGCAUGGUCUUGGGGGCCAUUGGGAUGGCUAGUACCCAGUGAGAUCUGUCCUCUGGAGAUCCGAUCCGCCGGACAAGCCAUCAACGUCUCAGUGAACAUGUUGUUCACUUUUCUCAUCGGCCAAGUGUUUCUCACCAUGCUUUGUCACUUGAAGUUUGGUCUUUUCUUCUUCUUUGCUGGCUUUGUGAUCAUUAUGACCAUCUUCAUCACAUUCUUCCUGCCUGAGACAAAGAACGUGCCCAUUGAAGAGAUGAACAGAGUUUGGAAGGCACACUGGUUUUGGGGCAAGUACAUCCCUGAUGAGGCUGUGACUCAUGGCAGGCAAGACAGGGCUGCAUAGUUUGAUGUCCUACUCAUUUUCUUGCUUGUAAAACCAAUAAAAUUAUACUAUUGAUUUGCCUCUUCCUAUUCAAACAUAAAUUAUCCUUGUACCUUUAUCAUUUUCAUUAUCAUCAACGAUUGUACUAUUGCAUGACGACAAAUAUAUAUAUCUUCAAUUACCUCUUUGGUUACCAACUAACUAUUAGUCUAGUCGUUUUUUUCUCCCCAAUGUUACGUCCCGAGCUCGAAUCUUGCCUCCCCAUUCAUCAAAAUCAAAAGAUAACUUGUUAGGUUUUAUUUAUGAAAAAUAGCUUUUAAUAUAUAUAUUAUAUUGACACUCCAAGAAAAAAAAAAUCAUCUUGCACUGCUCCUCCUUUAUAAAAACAUAAGCACGAUUGCAUAAUGACUUUUAUAGAGUGCCAAUAACAGCUCCCAAAGUAAUUAUAAAAAACUUAUUUACUAAACGAUCUUUGAAGAUAACCAAAUAAAAUAAAGAAAUGGGUAAUUCAUGCAUAAUGUCUGUUACUCUGUUUCCAUGGUGAUGAACAAUACCUAUGACAUUAUCUGGCAUUUAUAAAUUAUUUCUAUUUAGUCUAUAAUUUUCUCUACACCACAUUUGGCUUCAUUUCUUGAUUACAUUUCUAGUGUUCAUUUUGACAACCAAAAUACUAUCUUUUACAUUUAUGUGCUCCAUGAAGCAUACUCCAGUCCAGAUGAGGAGUAAAUCAACGGAGCUAGUCUAAUGAUAAUUUUCGGAAAUUUACAGCUCAAAUUAUACAAUUGAAUGCCAA